AUGUCCACUCGAGAAUAUACAUACUCUUUAGAUUCAACCGACUCAGCUGCCUUCUCACCAGGCCAGUCGUACUCUUCUGCAACAUCCCAGGACGAUUCUUUCAUCUAUUCAUCAUUAUCACCACAAAUCCUUCAAAAUUAUAACCAAAAUUAUAACCAAAAUUAUAAUCAAACUUAUAAACACAUGCAACCUCGUAAAAAUAGUAUCCCAAUAGACUUUUCGGCUUGCUCAUCUCUAAAACCAUUUGCAACAACCUCCUCUUCAUCCUUCUCCUCCUCUUCCAGCUUAUCCCAUUCGGCUCUCCGCAACAUUGGCGCUAUCAAAAUCAAACGCCCCCACACUGAUAAAUGUGCCCAGAAAUACACACUCAAAAUGGAGUCCGAGUUCAAAAUGUCAAUCGGGAACCCAACAGAUGGCCCGGAAUGUGUUCCAGUCCUUACUGCCCAACCUUCCCUUUCACGCACAAAAGUCCUUGGAUUUGACCGAGUCACGGGAGAUUUGCGACUGCAAAAUGGAGCAACCAUUUCAGAUUAUGUCUUUCAUGCAACCAUCAACUUGGCUUUCCCACAACAAAUCGCCGCAUGCCUGGCCCCAAUUGUGGCGUACCACGCAGUCGCGCAAGCCACAAAACAACAACAGCUCAAGCAUUUGUACAAUUGCGACGAUCCACACGCAUUCAUCAAAAACAAGGUCGCCGCCGCAGCUUUCUUUUACGGUGCAGGGAAACUCCUAGCUGCCGUGGCAGACGCUCCACGGCCAGAAGAACAGUCAGCACUUGCACACUUUGGAAGCCUCACAACGUUCCGACUGGGUUCCUGUGGACUCCUCGCUGACGCGUACUCGGUGCUUGACUACUACCGUAUGGCCAUCCGCGACACUAUCCGCAUAGAAGCCCUGCACACAACUGUCGUGAGAUGGGUUCUAUGGGGGCUCAUGCUGGAUCCCAACGCGCAUAAGCUGCAGGCGUUGAUGCAACCUUUUUUGCAAGCAGCAGCUACCCCAGAUAUUUCCCCAGGCCACUUGUACUUGUCAUCUGACUGGCGGUUCUACGACCUUCUGCGAGACCAGAUUAUGAUGGUAGCCCAGCGGCUGUUUGAUGACCUUGAGGCCAGCCCAGGUGGAGCAAAACACACAGAGCGUAUGGCCGCAUACAUCAACCUGCAUGCACCAACAACUGUCGACCUUUCACGACUGCGCGCACAAAUCCCAGCUACCCCACAUAAUGCACGCGUGUAUGCACAGCUUGAGACUUUACUCAAGGCAGCCUCGUUAUCUACCAUAACGCGUACCCACGCCGACUGGUGCCAGGCGUUACGGGCCAAAUUCCCUGAGCUGCGGUUGAAUGAUUUGGCCAAAAUCUUAGGAGUGGUACUGGUAUACGAUCCACGCGUGACACUUUUGUCGAUAGCCCAGGAGAUGUCUACGGCAACAGCCUUGUAUACCGGGUACCGGGCAGGGUUUUUCCCUGCACAGGUGACGACAGAACUGGAAUGGAACGAAGAGUCAUUUUACUUGGACUCGAUGGUAUCUUCAAAAUGGAUAGUUUUUUAA